AUGACAGGCAAUGAUGCCUGCGGCAUGCAGGUCCACGUGUCUCAAGGAGAAGGGAAAUGGGAACUGAAAGAUCUCCAGGCAAUGAGCCACAACAUAAUCUAUUUUGAAUGUGCUAUUGAUGCCCUCCCCCCAAUGGCUCGACGAGACACCCCGGCUGCUCCACGGAAUAGCUGGAGUGUUGGGAUUGCAUCAGUGGAUGUAAAACCACUGAUAAUCUCGUUCAGGUCAUGA